UUCCACGCACAAACACUUCCAAAAUGGAGCUCUCUUCGGCCCGCGAUGCGGCCUCGUGGGGUGAUCUCCUCUGUGAGGAAGACGCCGAUGAGCUCGACGAGCUGUCUAUGGGGUUUCCAGGCGCCGGCGAGGCCUUUGAGUUUCCGGAUGAGUCGGAUGAAUCGAUUUCUGUGUUCGUGGAGGGGGAGGCGGAGCACUCGCCGGCGGUGGAUUAUCCGGCAAGGCUCCGGUCGAGGUCGAUCGAUUCCGCUGCCCGGGAAGUUGCUGUGGGAUGGAUUCUUCAGGUGCAUGCGUACUACCAUUUCCAGCCCUUGACGGCGUAUCUCGCCGUUAACUACAUGGACCGGUUCCUAUCCGCUCACCGUUUGCCGCAAGCCAAUGGAUGGCCUUUGCAGCUUUUGUCAGUUGCCAGUUUGUCUCUUGCUGCAAAAAUGGAGGAAACCUUUGUACCUUCUCUGCUUGACUUGCAGGUUGAGGGAGCUAGAUUCAUCUUUGAGCCUCGAACUAUCUGCAAGAUGGAGCUCCUUGUUCUCACUGCUCUGAAAUGGAGGCUUCGGUCUGUGACGCCAUUUAAUUUCAUUGAUUUUUUUGCCAGCAAGGUAGAUCCAAGUGGGGUGUAUAGAAGAUAUUUGGUUUCUAGUGCUGCACAGAUAAUUUUAUCAGCAAUAAAUGAUAUUGAUUUUCUGGACCAUUGUCCAUCAUCAAUUGCUGUGGCUAUCAUCAUGUGUGCUGUUGAUGAGGCUCCUGAUCUGGCUUUCAUUGACCCCAGACAAGCGGUCAAUUGGUGCAGUGGACUUACUAAGGAAGGCAUUACAGACUGCUAUAGACUCAUGCAGCAAAUUGUUAUAAAAGGAAUGAAGGGAAGAUCUGCUUUCAUUCUGCCUCAUCUAAGAGUGAAAACUCUCAUUAAUCUGAGCUCUGAGACCACAUCGUCUCCUUACUUCUCUCUCCCACCCAACAAGAAGAGAAAGCUGAGCAAAAACUGCUUAUGGGUGAGAGAAGACAAGGAAGCAACACAUGAACCUGAAUGAUAUGGAUGUUGAUGUGGCCAUGAUCGAAGAAGAUAAAAGCUUACUAUAUAAGAGGUAGGCUUGUGUAUUAAUUGCUUCAUAGAAUUUGCGGAUUCCUCAUUAUUUUUCUAGAGGAGUUUGGUGAAGUAGAUUAGAAUAUAGGAUUUGUGCAUGGGAAGAGUCGGGUCUAGUGGAUGAUUGAUUUUAUUUCAUUUUUUUAUGCCUUUACUUCUCCAUAUUUGGUUCUAUUAGUUUAUGUCAAUAUGUAUAUUUGAAUGGCUUCUUGAUUCCCAAAGGAGGGGGACCUUGCCAUUCUUUAUGUUUGUUGGAAGUUGAGGGAAGAUUGUUUGACAUUAAAAUCUAGGAGCAUUGAUGACUGAACGAAAGAUGAGCAAUGGUGGGUCUUCUUUAGGCCAUUGAAGGAAGAAGAGGCAAUCAAUUUGGGUUGGUAGAAGGCAGCUUUUAAAUUUUUUUGGUCGUUUGGUCAAGCUUCUAGCUUUUCAACCUCCUCUCUCUUAUUCAAAUAUUGUACUAUUAUUUCUUUUAUUUUAUCUUCCUUAAGUGGUGUGGUGACACAUGUGAUGCAUUAUAUGCUUUCAUGUGUGAAUAGAUGGGGACAGUCACCCCAAAAUCUGGGCAUAUUUGCCUAACCUUCGGCCUAAACUCUUCCUUAACAGAAGACUUUGGAGUCUUUCUGUGUAUUUGUAUCAUUUGAUUUCAAUCAAUAAAGAAAUAUAGUUUGGAGUA